UGAAGUCCAAGCCUUCGCUGUUAAAUUUAUCUCUUAGUCUUGAUCAUUUUACUUUCUCCCUCCUUUCCUUGUUUUUCUUCUUAAAUUGCACAUUGGACAGUUUACUGAGCAAAGUAAGAAAUCUUGUCAAGGCGAACCCAUAUCGCUGUGUUGUUUUUGUUUUUCCCUGCCGUGGCUGAAACCUCUGCGUGGAUGGUAGCACCGAGGCAGAUGGAAGGGUAGCACGUCCCGGUUCGGUGCUGGGCGUUCAUGCUCCAGCAGCCCGCUGAGCAGCUGGGCUGCUGCUGCUGGGCUCAGCGCUGGCUGAGUCAGGCUGCGCGGGGAGGGAGAGAUGGACCGCUUCCUGGGUUUCGUCAGGCAAAUAAGAAGAUCUAGGAGAAGAAAGGGGAAAAAGUACCGGCCAGAAGAGGAUUACCACGAGGGCUAUGAGGAUGUCUAUUAUUACACUUCAGAGCAUUUCCGAAAUGAGAGUCCCUACACUAAAUCCGCCAGCCAGACAAAGCCGCCUGAUGGAGCAUUGGCUGUGAGGAGACAGAGCAUCCCAGAGGAAUUCAAGGGCUCCACCUUCGUGGAGCUGAUGAAGAAGGAAGGCACCACCCUGGGACUGACCGUGUCGGGCGGAGUGGAUAAGGACGGCAAGCCCAGAGUCUCUAACCUGCGGCAAGGAGGCAUUGCAGCCAGAAGUGACCAGCUGGAUGUGGGUGACUACAUCAAAGCCGUGAAUGGGAUCAACCUGGCCAAGUUCCGCCAUGAUGAGAUCAUCAGUUUGCUGAAGAACGUGGGGGAGAGAGUGGUUCUUGAAGUCGAGUAUGAGCUGCCGCCAGUCUCUGUCCAAGGAUCGAGUGUUAUUUUCCGAACAGUGGAGGUCACAUUACAUAAAGAAGGCAAUACCUUUGGUUUUGUAAUACGAGGGGGAGCACACGAUGACAGAAAUAAAUCUCGUCCCGUUGUGAUAACAUGUGUUCGUCCUGGAGGGCCUGCUGACAGAGAGGGCACCAUUAAACCUGGCGACAGGCUGCUCAGUGUGGAUGGAAUUCGACUCCUGGGAACCACGCAUGCUGAAGCCAUGAGCAUUCUCAAACAGUGUGGACAAGAAGCAACGCUGCUGAUAGAAUAUGACGUCUCAGUAAUGGAUUCUGUGGCAACAGCAUCCGGGCCAUUACUAGUUGAAGUUGCCAAAACUCCUGGUGCCAGCCUUGGGGUUGCCCUUACUACCUCGAUGUGCUGUAACAAGCAGGUCAUUGUCAUAGACAAAAUCAAAUCUGCAAGCAUUGCGGACAGGUGUGGAGCGCUGCACGUGGGCGAUCACAUCCUGUCCAUCGACGGCACCAGCAUGGAGUACUGCACGCUAGCUGAGGCGACCCAGUUCCUGGCCAACACCACCGACCAGGUCAAGCUGGAGAUCCUUCCCCACCACCAGACCCGCCUGGCGCUGAAGGGACCUGACCACGCAGCUCUGGUGUCUUCAUCCUUCUCUCCUACCUCCAUGAGUGCAUACAGCCUGAGUUCCCUGAACAUGGGGACUUUGCCUCGCAGCCUCUACUCCACUAGUCCACGUGGAACCAUGAUGAGGAGGAGACUGAAAAAGAAAGACUUCAAAAGCUCACUGUCUUUAGCCUCCAGCACAGUGGGCUUGGCUGGCCAGGUCGUUCACACAGAAACCACAGAGGUGGUGCUGACGGCAGACCCUGUCACAGGAUUUGGGAUCCAGCUGCAGGGCAGUGUGUUUGCCACGGAGACACUCUCUUCUCCGCCUCUGAUUUCCUACAUUGAGGCUGACAGCCCUGCAGAGAGAUGUGGGGUCCUACAGAUUGGAGACAGAGUGAUGGCCAUUAAUGGAAUUCCAACCGAAGAUAGCACCUUCGAGGAAGCCAAUCAGCUCCUCCGAGACUCCUCCAUCACGAGCAAGGUCACCCUGGAAAUCGAGUUCGAUGUGGCAGAGUCUGUCAUCCCGAGUAGUGGAACAUUUCAUGUAAAGCUCCCUAAAAAGCACAACGUGGAACUUGGAAUAACCAUAAGUUCUCCAUCCAGUAGAAAACCGGGAGACCCCCUUGUCAUUUCAGAUAUCAAAAAAGGCAGUGUGGCACACAGGACCGGAACGCUGGAACUUGGAGAUAAAUUGCUUGCAAUAGACAACAUCCGCCUGGACAACUGCUCCAUGGAAGACGCCGUUCAGAUCCUCCAGCAGUGCGAAGAUCUGGUGAAGCUCAAAAUCCGCAAAGAUGAAGACAAUUCAGAUGAGCAAGAAAGUUCCGGGGCAAUUAUUUACACCGUGGAGCUGAAGCGCUACGGGGGGCCCCUUGGCAUCACGAUUUCAGGAACUGAAGAGCCAUUCGAUCCUAUAAUCAUUUCAAGCCUCACUAAAGGGGGAUUAGCUGAGAGAACCGGCGCGAUCCACAUCGGAGACCGGAUCCUGGCCAUCAACAGCAGCAGCUUGAAAGGGAAGCCCCUGAGUGAGGCCAUCCACUUGCUACAAAUGGCGGGAGAGACUGUCACCUUGAAAAUUAAGAAACAGACAGAUGCUCAGUCAGCAUCAAGUCCCAAGAAAUUCCCCAUUCCCAGCCACUUGGGUGACCUGGGAGACAUGGAGGAGGACUCCUCGCCAGCACAGAAGCCGGGCAAACUCUCCGACAUGUACCCGUCCACCGUGCCCAGUGUGGACAGUGCUGUGGACUCGUGGGAUGGCUCUGGAAUCGACGCCAGCUACGGGAAUCAAGGGCCCGGCUUUCAGGCCUCCGGAUACAACUUCAACACCUACGACUGGAGGAGCUCGAAGCAGAGAGGGAGCUUGUCCCCAGUCACUAAGCCUCGGAGCCAGACUUACCCAGAUGUGGGGCUGAGUAACGAAGACUGGGACCGCUCCACGGUCAGCGGAAUGCCACAGGCAACAAUCAUGUCGGGGAGCACGAUGAGUUUGAAUCAUGAGGCCCCAACACCUCGCAGUCAGCUGGGGCGACAGGCCAGCUUCCAGGAACGGAGCAGCUCUCGGCCACACUAUAGCCAAACAACUCGGAGCAACACUCUGCCCUCAGAGGUGGGCAGGAGGUCCGUCCCCCUGAGGAAAAUGAAACAAGAAAUAAAGGAGAUCAUGUCCCCGACUCCGGUGGAGCUGCACAAGGUGACCUUGUACAAGAGCUCGGACAUGGAGGACUUCGGGUUCAGUGUGGCAGAUGGCCUGCUGGAGAAGGGCGUGUACGUCAAAAACAUUCGCCCCGCGGGGCCGGGAGACCUCGGUGGCUUAAAGCCCUAUGACAGGCUCUUACAGGUUAAUCACGUGCGAACGCGGGACUUUGACUGCUGCCUGGUGGUGCCCCUCAUAGCGGAAUCUGGUAACAAGCUGGACCUGGUGAUCAGUAGGAACCCACUGGCCUCCCAGAAAUCUAUAGACCAGACUCUCCCGGGAGGAUGGAGCGAACAGAACAGUGCUUUUUUCCAGCAGCCUAGCCACGGUGGUAAUUUGGAGAUUCGAGAGCCCACUAAUACAUUAUAGCAACGCUUUUUAUAAAGCAGGACAAAAGACAAUAUCUACAUGGUGCUAAAAAAAAAAAAUCCCUUUAAGAUUUCUGUGACGUUUGAAGCACAGAUAAUCACGUGGCAUUAACUGCAAGCACAGGGGUCUUUUAAAUCUCUCUCAUGGCUCAUGUUCACUUCCCUUUCCACGUAGAAGAGGUUUCUUUUUUGGUGAUCACUAUGGUAUGUGGAAGACGAUUCCCUGCCAAGCCCAAUGGUAAAGAAACAGAAAAAGAGGUAGGCCACCCCUCCCACAAUGAACAUCGGAGGGCAUUUUUUACAAGCUCAUCUUCCUAUCGAUUUUUGGAAAACGUCUGUUUGAAAAUAGUCUCUAUGAUAAUUUCCUUAACUCACUUUGAAAUCAGUUUCUUACUAUGAAGUCAUUAAUCCGUAAAGCUGGCUCUACUGGGGGAACUAGUUUGGUGACUGCCGGGCGGCUGCUAGGGGAGGGGUGCAGGUAGAAAAUUAUCCUAAGAUGUUUCCGCAAUGAUGCACGUGGGCGCUCCUAAUAGGUGGUGGGAACUGUUUUGCCCAAGUAUAGGAAUGAUUUUAACUAAGAUGUAUGCUAUUCCCUAUGCAACAAAUGAUCAAACAGGAUAUGUCUUGUUACCUGUUGGUUUUUUUUUUCCUUUAAGGACACAUUUUUAAUAGCUGAAAAUCUCAGAUAAUGAAUUAGGGUGUUUAGUAACACUGAGAGUUAGUUAUCUUCUUUUUAAAAAUUCAAAACUAAGAAUUUAAGAAUGAAGUCUAUUAAAACGAGGUUUCUCUUAAGGAUAGGCAAAUCAAACUCAUCUUGCUUGACGUGUUUUAAAAACAGGUUCUGUUGAGGGGUGUACAGCACAUGGACUUAAAAAUGACACUGGACUGUCUUUUGUUCUGAGCCAUGCCACGCACCGAGAUUGUAAAUACACUUUCCACAAAACGCAUUGCCAAUUAUUACCAUCCCUCAGAGCAAUAAACUGUGACAGUUGCAUUAAUGUUUGUCAGCAACUGUUUCCCUUUGUUCAGAUAUUUUGAAUAGUUACACUAAUAACUGUUAUUUGGUGAAUGUAAAAAACAAAUAGAUCUGUAUAUUGAUUGUAGAAUAUCCACAUUGAAACAGUUAUUUUCCAGACGUUGUUUCAUUUUGGUCAAUAAUUCAAACGACCGACCGCUUAGAUGAAGCAUUUGAACACUGUGUCCUUUGUUUAAGGAAAAAGUUCACUUUUCUUUCUGUGCAGAGAAAUAUAUCAUUUCGAUCACAUUUCAGGACCGCCAGGGCAAGAAAGUAUAAAGCAGAAUCAUGUUAGAAAAAAAAAAAAAAGAUCAUGAGUCACUUAAAUAUGUAUUUUUAUUUGUAACAAACAAGUAUUAAACUGUAAAGUAUUUUUGUACAAAUUUAAUACUUUAAUAGCAUGGUAUUUAUCGUCUAUGUAUGGUUUUGGGGAAUUCAAAAUUGUUGCAAAUAUUUGUAUGGAAAAAAAAAAAACACCCUCUACCAAAUGGAAUAAACAGUGAUUUUAAAAAGCCAAAAAAAUUGGACAUGCAUUUUUUUGGUGUGUUUUGAAAGUGUUUUCAUGUUCUAGACUGAGCCUUACACAAUGCUUAUUGCUACAUGAUUUUUUAAAGGGGGAGGUUUUCCAUAAACUUGAAAAGCAGCAUGGAAGAGUGGGAAGAGCAGAAGUUUUGAAAUUAGACCUGGGCUGGAAUGCCAACUCACUGGUGGCAUGAAAUUCACCGGGAGUAAUUUUCCCACCUGUCAUACCGAAGGUUGUAUCUGCUCUCCAGGACUGUUGUGAGGACAAGGUGUGAACACACGUGUAAGUGCUGGAACAGUCUGCCGACAGGAACACACCCAGGACAAAGGCAUGUUUAUUUUAGGUGGCAUCUGCCCUCAGAGAACAUACAUGUAUUCUAUGAAAUAUUUACAUAAAGUAUUAAAAAUAUACAAAUUUUAAUUAGUCUAUCUUUAAAGAAAACAAACUACACUAAUAGUCCCAACACUUCCAUUUUUGCAGAUUGCCUUGCAGACCUUGUAAAUUCACAGGAACAAGACAAGGAUGUCCAUUCUCACCACUUCUGUUUCACAGUUUACUAAAAGUUCUAGCCAGGGCAGUAAGACAAGAAAAGGCACCCAAGAUUUGAGACGAGAUGGGUCACCUGAACUCUUCUGGAGCCACCUGCACAAUAACAGGCACCCAGAUUUGAAAGAAGUAAAACUAUCUCUAUUUGCAUGAUAUCAAAACUUGUGUUUCAAAGGAUACCAUCAAUAAAGUGAAAACAUCCACAAAAUGCAAAAAUUUUUUUGCAAGUAAUGUUUCUAAUAAGGGACUUCUCUGUAGACUAUGUAAAGAACUUAUAUCUCAACUAGAGGCCCGGUGCACGAAAUU